GGUCAUGUGAUGUUCCAGUGGAUCCAGGCCAUGUUUUAGUUGAAGCCUUCAUCCAUCAAUUAUGUCAGGGGAGGAUUAGAGGAAAGAAAUCAAAUACCGUGUGUGCGUGUGUGUCAGUGAGGACGUGCACGGAGGCUGCGCGCCGCUAGUGUGCGCGCCGCCGCCACUCCAGCAUCAGCACCAAAGACGACGACUAGCGAACCGGACCGGAAGAACAGUACCGGUGUUGAAUAAUAGAAGCAGACAUAUGCUGGCCGCUUCCUAUCACUUCUCGUGUCCUGUGAGAGCGCUCAGCCGCGGGAUGCCUCCUCGAACCCGGCCGGGGCCGAACGCUUCAUUCUCAUCUCAGACGCGUGGAGCACCGAAGCGGAACCUGUGACUGCUCGUGUUCUGCGGAACCCACCUCGCUCCACGCCGUCACCGGCGAGCUUUUCAUGGCUUUUGUGUUCAGAAGAUGGAGGCUUCUCCUGGUGCUGAACGUCAUGGCGGUGGCGGGAUUCAUGACUCUGUGGAGCAGGUGUAACUCUCGCAAGGUCCAAACUGCCGUUCCGGACUCCACCGUGGACCGACGGAGACCGGUUCGAGCCAACGGAACCGUGCGGGGUGCCGCUGUCGGCCAUGAAGCACUGCUGAAGAGGCUCAGCUUGCUGGAGGAUGUCGUGUACAGACAACUCAACGGUCUGUCCAAAUCCCUGGGCCUGAUCGAGGGCUUCGGGGGCCGAGGGGCGGGCGGCCUCCCUGCCACGCUGACCCCGGCCGAGGAAAGUGAGGCCACGCACCUGCGUGACAAGUACGGCUACAACGCCUACCUGAGCGACAGGAUCUCUCUGGACCGGACCAUCCCGGACCAUAGACCCAGCCGAUGCAAAGAGGUGUCCCACUUGAGAGACCUCCCCCAGAUGGCCCUCAUCUUCAUCUUUGUCAACGAGGCGCUGUCGGUCAUCCUGCGUUCGGUGCACUCAGCUGUCAAUCACACGCCGCCUCACCUGCUGAAGGAGAUCAUCCUGGUGGACGACCACAGUGACGACGAGCAGCUGAAAGGACCUCUAGAGGAAUACGUGAAGAAGCGCUACCCCGGCCUGGUCAAGAUCGUCAGGAACCAGAAGAGGGAGGGGCUAAUCCGGGCCAGAUUGGAGGGCUGGAAGGUGGCCACCGCCGAGGUGACGGGCUUCUUCGACGCCCACGUGGAAUUUACCCCAUUCUGGGCUGAGCCGGUUCUGUCCAGAAUCAAGGAGGACCGCGCGAGGAUCAUCCUGCCGUCCAUCGACAACAUCAAACACGACACCUUUGAGGUGGAGCGCUACGAGAAUUCGGGUCACGGCUACAACUGGGAGCUGUGGUGCAUGUACAUCAACCCCCCCAAACAGUGGUGGGACGAGGGGGACAUGUCAGCCCCCAUCAGGAGUCCCGCCAUGAUCGGUUGCUCCUUCGUGGUCAACAGGGUCUACUUUGGCGAGCUGGGUCUGCUCGACCCGGGCAUGGACGUUUACGGAGGGGAGAACAUCGAACUGGGCAUCAGGGUGUGGUCGUGUGGGGGCAGCAUGGAGGUUCUUCCGUGUUCCAGAGUGGCUCACAUCGCCCGCAUGAAGAAGCCAUACCACAGCAACAUCAUCUUCCACAUGCGCCGCAACGCCCUGCGCGUGGCCGAGGUGUGGAUGGAUGAGCUCAAGUCCAACGUCUACCUGGCCUGGAAUAUCCCCAUGGAGAAUCACGGCAUCGACUACGGAGACGUCUCUGAGAGGGUGGAGCUGAGGAAGAAGCUGCAGUGUAAGAACUUCCAGUGGUACCUGGAUAACAUCUACCCUGAGAUGAAGACCUACAACAACACCAUCUACUACGGAGAGGUCCGCAACUCCAAAGCGACCCACCUGUGUUUGGACCAGGGAAUCAAGGAGAACCACACGGCCACCUUGCACCCCUGCCAUGGGUGGGGGCCUCAGUUAGGACGUUACACCAGAGAUGGCGAGUUGUUCCUGGGUCCGCUGGGCAGCACCGGGGGGGACACUCGUUGCGUGGCGGACGAUCCCGGCAGCACCUUGCCACAGCUGGUGGACUGUGACAAAGCGAAGGACGUCCAGCAAACCAAGUGGAUUUACACUCAGGGCGACUCCAUGGUCAACGCCGCCACGGGGCGCUGCCUGGAGGUGGUACCCGCAAACGUCUACUUUGGACACCAGGUGGUGCUGCAGACCUGCUCUGGACAGAGGUGGACCAUCAAGAAUACCAUGAGCCAGUAGAAGUCUGUCCUCUGGACUGGAUGAAGCCACAAGCAGGCUCUUUACUCUUCAUUGACGUCUACGUUUUCUUCGGACAAUAACGCUUCUUCUUCAAACGUAUAAGAGAUGAACUUUAAAGCAGCGUGUGAAUACGUGCGUCCUAGCAUGUUUUACGAUCUGGUGGACAUUCUGAGUGUCUGCAUCUUGUUGCAUCUUGUUGCAUGCAGCAGGACAAAGAAGGUUCAUUCAUGGACGUGAUGUGAAAGUACUGUCAGACGACAAGUGGAGGAAGAAAAGUCAGCAUCUGUGUUGAUUGUUAUGAUGUCAUCAUGUUUUUUUUUGUCAACAUGUCUUCCAAUAAAGUACUUACUUGAUACUUUACAUAAUCA